AUGUCUCAAGAUACGCACCCUUGCAAGGUCGUUUUGGCCGGCAACAUCGCCAAAAGCCUUCUCAGCGAGGUACAGGCGGGCCUGAGCGCGCUUGGUCGCACACCACAUCUGCUCGGGAUACUUGCCAAUAGUGAUCCAGCUGCCCAAGUGUACGCCGACUGGACGGAGAGGACGUGCAAAGAAAAUGGCUUCCAGUACUCGUUGAAGAAUGUGGCCAAAGACGACGUCGAAGAGACGAUCAUGGCGGCCAACAACGACCCAGCCGUGGACGGUAUCAUUGUCUACUACCCAAUCUUCAACAACCGACAAGACCAGUACCUGCAGCAGAUUGUGGACGUGUCCAAGGACGUCGAGGGUCUCAGCCAUCAAUACAUCUUCAACAUGUACCAGAACAUCCGGUUCCUGGACGAAGAACAAGCGAUGAAGUCCGUCCUGCCGUGUACGCCUCUUGCGGUGAUCAAGAUUCUCGAGUACCUCCACAUCUACAACACGAUCCUGCCGUACGGGAACCGCCUGUUCGGACGGACGAUCUGUGUGGUCAACCGGUCGGAGGUGGUGGGCCGUCCGCUCGCCGCGCUGCUGGCCAACGACGGAGCGUGCGUCUACAGCGUCGACGUCACGGGCGUACAGCAGUUCACCCGUGGCGAGGGUAUCCGUAAGCGGAAGCACGAGGUCGUGGAGAAGGAGGGCUGGACCAUCGAAGACUGUGCACCGCUGUGUGAUGUGGUCAUCACGGGCGUGCCGGGCGACAAAUACAAAUUCCCGUGCCACCUGUUGAAGGAGGGGGCGGUGUGCAUCAACUUUUCGAGCGAGAAGAACUUCGGUCCCGAAGUCAAACAAAAGGCCGCCAUCUAUGUGCCGGCUAUUGGUAAAGUCACAAUUGUCGUACUCCUUCGCAAUCUGUUGCGGAUCGUGCAGAACCGACAAGCUCAAGCCGAGAAAUCCAAAUCAUCCGACCAGAAGACUUCUGAGCCCGUUGUGAAUGGCGCGACAUCAUGA